UUCAACCUCCCUCUUCCUUAAAUGGCAACCGCUCAAUGCCUUUUCAUUCCCCUCCCUCUCUCUCCCCAACCCUCCUCUGCCCUCUCUUCCUCUUCCCCCACCCCAGCUCUGUAACGGGCAAAGAAGAGGGAAUAAUGGGGACCUAUGGAACAAUUCCGACCGAGCCAGCCCCUUUAUCGAACCUACAUUACACUUCCCGGGCAAGAGAACGCAUUGCAUCAGGCCUUGGCACACGAAGGCCAUGGAUGGAGAUGAUCCAGCCUCAAGAUCUGAGCUUUCCCUCCUCCUUUUUGCAACUAAUCAAUAGAAUUAAGAACAAUGGCGAGUACUUCCGGACGAAUUACAUUCUCAUCAUAUUAUUCAUUCUCUUUCUAUGUUUGCUCUGGCAACCCAUCUCAUUGGUUGUCUUCAUCAUCUCAUCUGUUGCGUGGCUUUACCUAUAUUUCUUACACGACGAACCAUGGGUGGUUUGUGGUAGCGUAGUCAACGAUCGAUUGGUGAGGGUGGCUUUGAUGUUAAUCACUGUUGCAUUGCUUUUGAUCACAGAUGCAACUAAGAACAUUAUGAUUUCGAUGUUCAUCGGUGUGUUGGUUGUGUUUGUGCAUGGAGCUUUAAAAGGGAGUGAGGAUGUUUUUUCUUUGGAUGAAGAAGGUUUAUCAGAAUGUGGAGGUGGAAGAGGGGUUAUCAAAAUGCCUCUCAAGCAUGCUGCCUCCUCUUCUUUCUCUCUUUCAUAGAAACAAAAGCUCUUUAAACAUGGUGCUUCUUUUAUGGCUUUUGAUGUUCUAAAAAGGCAAAGAAUAUGAGUUUGAUGUUUUUGCCUUUGUAAAUUUUGUUGUUUAUGUUACUUUGAGGUUAAGGAAGUGGACGGUUGAUAAUUGGCUACGUGGGUUUCCAUGUCCAA